AUGAUUAAGAAGAGAAGAUAUCCUAAAUACAAUGAGGCUGAGAUGAGUAGGGAAUAUAUGUUUAAGGUGGGAUUGGAGUUCAAGUCACUUGGUCAGUUUAAGGAUGCUAUUAGGGAGCAUGCUCUGUUGAAUGGAAGGGAUAUUAGGUAUAUCAAGAAUGAUAAGAUUAGAUGUAGAGUGGGCUGUAGAGGAAAGAAAGGGAAGUGUAGAUGGAUGGCGUUUGCAUCCAAAGUUGGUGGUUCCGAUUGCUUUCGGCUGAAGACCCUUAACGGAAAGCACACUUGUGAACGAGAUUACAGCGGUAGGCUUGCAUCAAGUAGUUGGGUGUCUAAGAAGAUUGUUACCAAUAUUAGUAGGGGGGAGGAGAUGAAGAUUGCAACAGUAAUUCAGACUAUUCAGGAUAAAUACAUGGCUAAUAUUUCAGUCACAAAGGCUUAUUGGGCGAGGAGAAAGGCGCAGGAAGAAGUACAUGGCAGGGCUAUUCUACAAUAUGGCAAGCUCAGAGAUUAUUGUGCAGAGAUUAUGAGGACAAAUCCCAGAUCUACUACUCAGAUUUUGGUUGACAGGCCUUCAAUUACACACCAGCCAAGGUUUAUGAGGAUGUACAUGUGUCUAAAUUCUGUCAAGCAAGGCUUUUUGGCUGGUUGCAGGCCUAUCAUAGGAGUAGAUGGCUGCCACUUGAAGGGUGAUCAUGGUCAACAACUGUUGGUGGCUGUCGGAAAAAAUCCAAACGAUAACUAUUUUCCAAUUGUUGUUGCUGCUGUAGAGGCUGAGACUAGAGACAGUUGGGGUUGGUUUAUAAACCUGUUAUUGGAUGAUAUUGGAGAUGUCAGUAGAAGGAAGUGGGUAUUCAUGUCCGACCAACAAAAGGGUUUGAUGCAAGUUAUGCAAGAGAUGAUGCCGGCGUUAGAGCAUCGACUAUGCUUGAGACAUCUGUAUGCGAAUUGCAAGAAAGCAUAUGGAGGUGGGACUGUUUUGCGGGAUCUAAUUCUAUCAAUAGCUAAAGCUACAUAUGUUGAGGAAUGGGAGAGGAGGAUGACUCAACUAAUGAAUAUCAACCAUCAAUGCUAUGAAAAGUUAUCAUCAUUGGAUCCAAAGCUCUGGUGCAAGAGCCAUUUCACGUUUCUUGCUAAGAGCGACAUGUUGAUGAAUAACAUAUCUGAAGCUUUCAAUGGUAGGAUCUUGGAGGCAAAAGACAAGCCCAUACUUACUAUGUUCGAGUGGAUUCGAUGUUAA